AAAAAAUUAAAGUUCAGACAUUUUCUUUGUUUCAAAACCCAAAACCAAAGACGAAGACAGAGAAAACUAGAAAACUACUUUGAUAAUGACAUUGAAAAUCUUUCUCUAAUUUCUCACAGUAUUAAUAACAAUGUUUUUCACCAAGAAGCCUAAUAGGGCCUCUCCUUCUUCUUCCUUUUCCAUGGCUCCUUCCCUCUCCUCUCUCCUUCUCCCUCACACUCAAUCCCCUUUCUCUUCUCUUAAUCCCAACCCAUAUCUCGCCCACCGCUAUUCUCUCCUUCCCCUGCGCCCCCAAUCUCUCAAUCUCUCCAUUAGAUGCUCCUCUUCUUCUGAUGACAACAAAAUCACUUACCCACCUCCGCCGCAACCCUCGCCGCCGGGGAAAAAAUCUUUUGCCGUGGCUACUGGUGAGCUUUUUUUGGGUAUUGCGUCGAGGCUUUUGAAAAGUAGUAAAGGGAAUAAAAAUGGGAGCUUUUCUUCUUCUGGGAUUUCGUUGUUUGAGAAAUCGAAUGGGAGUGGUAGUGUGGAAUAUGAGGAGAGGAUUGGGGCGGUGAUGGAGGACGAGAUAGAGCCGGAGGUUAUUUGGGAGCAAAGAGUUAAGGAUAUUGAGGCUGAGAAGGAACGGCGUGUUAUUACCAGUCCUGGGUUUAGUUUUUCUGCCGCUGGAUUGUUGUUUCCUUAUCAUCUUGGCGUUGCUCAAUUGCUAAUUGAGAAGGGCUACAUUAAGGAAACCACACCUUUGGCUGGUUCCUCUGCCGGUGCCAUAGUCUGUGCAGUAAUUGCUUCUGGAGCUAGUAUGCAAGAGGCUCUACAAGCUACCAAAUUACUGGCUGAAGACUGCCGGCUAAGAGGGACUGCAUUUCGACUUGGGGCUGUUCUUCGGGAUGUUCUUGAAAAGUUUCUGCCAGAUGAUGUUCAUAUUAGGUCAAAUGGGAGGGUCCGUGUUGCUGUAACUCAGAUUUUGUGGAGACCCAGGGGCUUACUAGUGGAUCAAUUUGACUCCAAGGAAGAUCUCAUAAAUGCAGUUUUCACUUCUUCCUUUAUUCCAGGAUAUCUUGCACCAAGACCUGCCACAGUGUUCCGGAAUAGACUUUGCAUUGAUGGAGGGCUGACAUUGUUUAUGCCGCCAACAUCUGCUGCUCAGACAGUUCGUGUUUGUGCUUUCCCAGCCAGUCGAUUGGGGUUGGAAGGAAUUGGAAUUAGUCCAGACUGCAAUCCUGAAAAUAGAGCUAGCCCAAGAGAGCUUUUCAAUUGGGCAUUGGAGCCAGCCGCAGAUGUUAUUCUUGACAGGCUCUUUGAGCUAGGAUACUUAGAUGCUGCCGUGUGGGCUGAGGAGAAUCCAGUCGAGAACAUAGUUCGAGAAGACAGUCCUCCAGUUGAAAAAGGUUUUGCAAAUAGCUCAUCAUGAUGUAUUUAUCCUAGUUUGGUAUUGAAGAUACAUAAGAUUCUAGGUUGAUUCCUGAUCAUCUUCAAUUGGUCUUCACGUUAGUAUCACAUGUCAGGUCAGAGAGGAGAAUUCUCCUCUUAGAUCAAAAUAGUGAUCCAGGGGAUAGAAUACACAUUUUCAGUUCUUCUGUAUGUUGCAUAGUAAAAUCAUAAAAUCAAUGUAAGAUAUCUUGCAGGGGAAAUAGCUAGAAAAAUAAGAAAAGUUGUAAAGUUUAGGGAUUUUUAUAUGAUUAAGAUCAGGAUGAUUUAAUGUGAUUUUCUUCCAAUUAUCUUAUAUUUAUUCCACUA